AGGGAGGGGAUUCACUCACAGCCUACCCACAGACACGCCAGUGAGUUCACAGUGGGGAGAGGCCAUUCACCUGCUCUGUGUGAGGGAGGGGAACUACUCAGUCAACCAGCCUGAAGAUACAUCAGCAAGUUCACACCACAGUGAGAUGCUCCACCUAUUCUGACAGCAGGAAGCAAUUCAUUCUGUCGUCGGUGCUAAAUAUACAUCUGAAAAUUCCCCAGUGAGAAGACAGUAACCUGUUUACAUGGUGGGAAGGUAUUCACACACUAAACCAUGCCACAGUGACACCAGCAAGUUCAUAACGGGGAGAGGCCAAUCACCUGCUCUGUGUGCGAAAGGAUUCACUGAAUCAUCUCAACUGAAUGAACACCAGUGAGUUCACACUGAAAAGAUGUCGUUCACCUGCUUAGACUGUGGGAAGGGAUUCACUCGUUCAUCCACACUACAGAAAUACCAGCGAGUUCACACCGGGGAGAGGCCAUUCACUUGCUCUGAAUGUGGGAAGGGAUUCAGUGACUCAUCCAAACUUGUGAGACACUACCGAGUUCACACUGGGGAGAGGCCGUUCACUUGCUCUGAAUGUGGGAAAGGAUUUGCUCGGUCAUCUCAACUGACUGAACAUCAGCGAGUUCACACUGGGGAGAAACCGUUCAGCUGCUUUCAAUGUGGCAAGGGGUUCACCCAGUCAUCUCAUCUGAAAGUACAUCAGCGAAUUCACACUGGGGAGAAACCGUUCAGCUGCACUGAAUGUGGGAAGGGAUUCACUGAUUCAUACUCCCUUGUGAAGGACUGCCGUAUUCACACUGGGGAGAAGCCAUUCACAUGCUCUGAAUGUGGGAAGGGAUUCACUGACUCAUCCCACCUUGUGAAGCACUGCCGAAUUCACACUGGGGAGAAGCCAUUCACAUGCUCUGAAUGUGGGAAGGGAUUCACUGACUCAUCCCACCUUGUGAAGCACUGCCGAAUUCACACUGGGGAGAAGCCGUUCACGUGCUGUGAAUGUGGGAAGGGGUUCACUGCGUCAUCCAACCUGGUGAGGCACAGCCGAAUUCACACUGGGGAGAAACCGUUCACCUGCUUAGAUUGUGGAAAGGGAUUCGCUCGGUCAUCAGGUUUGAAAGUCCAUCAGCGAGUUCACACUGGGCGAUGCCAGUCACCUGUUCUGAUUGUGGGAAUGAAUUCGCUCAGACAUCUCAACUGACUGAACAUCAACUGCUCAGUGUGGGAAGGCAUUCACACACUGAUCCACACUGCAGAGACAGUGGUGGGUUCACACUGGGGUGAGUGUGAUCACCU